AUGUGGAAUAAGAACAUAUCAAGAAGUAAGAAGAACCAUAAAUAAAUUAAUAAGAAACAAUAAAAGAAAAACUAUGUUUUGAGGUAUCUGAGAUAUUAGCCUAAUAUGGAGAAAAUGCUUAAGGUAAUGGUAAGGUAUUAAAGUUUACAAUACCUUUUGAUGCUAAAGUUCCAUCAUCUAAUUGCCAAAUAUUUCUAUUUUAAGGGACACAAUCCUUUUGAAUAUUUUAUAUUAAUUUUAAAAGCUUAUAUUGAUCUAAAAGGAAGUCUGUAUUUCUGAUUGAAAAAGAUAAAGAAAUCGUUAAAAUAUAAGUUGAAAAUAAAUCAGUUUCUAAAUAACAUUGUGUUAUAUAAUUAAGAGAAAUAAAGAAAGUAAAUAGUUUAGGAGAAGUAUUAUCCUAUGAGAAAUCAUAUGUAAUAGAUUUGGAUAGCACAAAUGGAACCUAACUAAAUGAGUAGCAAUUAGAGUCGGUAAAGUAUUAUUCAUUAUUAGAGGAAAAUAUAUUGACAUUUGGGAAAAGCGACAGAGAAUAUGUACUUAUAAAAUCAUGA